AUGCGGAUAAGAUUGCCCUUUGCAGGUGCUUUCCUGUUCCUGCUGCUACUAGCGGGCUACGCCGGACUAUCGUCUAUACAGCUCGGCGCUUAUGUCAACGACAAAGUCCUUCACUUCGUAACGUUCUUCCUCCUGACGGUCGUAUUCUACUGGGUCGUUGAUACCAAUCGCCGACGAACCUUGCAUAUGACCCUGGUUGUCUGUACUCUCAUCCUUGGCGUCGGAUCCGAAUUCCUACAGAGUUUCCUUCCCAACAAUCGAGAUUUCGACAUCUACGAUAUAGUAGCAAACAUCGUUGGUAGUUUACUUGGACUUGGCAUCUGCGCAUGGUAUCACAGGCGUAUGCUUGAAAGGAAACGCCAGCGCAAGCAUUAUGACGCUGUCCCGGGUGAGGACACUGAAGAUGUAGAGUUGGGGCAAGGGCAGGAGUCCGGAAUCACAGACUCCUCGAGUCGAGGCAGGACUCUCGAAGAGGAAGUCGAUAACUGGGAUGAAAACGCCGAAGACAACUGGGACGAAGAUAACGCAUCGAUUCCCGACAUGCCAUCACCUGCAAUCGCCAAAGAAACAGAUGUAGCUGAUGCUCGGGAAGCUAAGAAACGAACAGACUAA